GUAGGUCGGGCCCUUAAGCUGCCCCUCCCCAGGCUCAACCUUGCCCCCCUCCCCCUCCCCCCUUUUUUUUCUCGUAGCGCGAUUGUGAGCAAAAUAGACACGGAUAAGGAUGGGUUUGUGACUGAGGGGGAGCUGAAGGACUGGAUUAAGGCGGCGCAGAAGAAGUACGUCUCUGAGAACGUAGCGCGCCAGUGGCAGGAGUAUGACUUGAACCAAGAUGGCUCCAUCUCCUGGGAGGAGUACAGGAAUGUCACCUAUGGCACUUACCUGGACGAUCCGGACCCCGACGACGGCUUCAAUUACAAGCAGAUGAUGGUGCGGGACGAACGGCGCUUCAAAAUGGCCGACCAGGAUGGGGACCUGCUGGCGACCAAGGAGGAAUUCACAGCUUUCCUGCACCCGGAAGAAUACGACUACAUGAAGGACAUCGUCGUGCAGGAAACCAUGGAGGAUAUCGAUAAGAACGGAGACGGCUUCAUUAAUUUGGAAGAAUAUAUAGGUGACAUGUACAGCCAUGACGGGAACACGGAGGAACCUGAAUGGGUCAAGACGGAACGAGAACAAUUUGUGGAGUUCCGGGACAAGAACCACGACGGGAAAAUGGACAAGGAAGAGACCAAAGACUGGAUCCUGCCCUCUGAUUAUGACCACGCCGAGGCCGAAGCGCGGCACCUGGUUUACGAGUCGGAUAAGGACAAGGACGGCCAGCUCACCCGAGAAGAGAUUGUGGACAAGUACGACCUCUUUGUGGGCAGCCAGGCCACGGAUUUCGGGGAGGCCUUAGUGCGGCACGACGAAUUCUAAACCAAGAAAUCAUCUUCUUCUUCUUCUCCUUUUUUUU